ACCAAGGCCGCUUUGCGUCGAGGGGAGGUCCGUUGCGGUAGCCCAGGCCACUGCACCACCGGCAUCCUUCGAAGUCCCAUCGAAGUUUGCGACACCAUCUGGUCACCAGAUGGCCGCGCCGUCCUCGAAAGUUGAACAGGCACGUCGACGUCCCAGUUGCCAAUAUUCCGGUGCCUUCCAUCGACGAAUGGGAGCGCUGGACAAUAUGUUCCGUACCAAGCCGCUUGCGGUCAUCCAUGCCGAAGAAAAGAAGGAAGAACUGCCCCGCGAGCUUGGCCUGUGGGACUUGAUCGCGAUCGGGAUCGGCGGGACUGUCGGGUCCGGUGUGUUCGCCACCACCGGUGACAUCAUCAGUGGCGCUGCCGGUGGUGGCGCCGGUCCUGCUGCGUUCAUCUCGUGGACGUUGGCUGGUUUGUCCUGCAUCUUGAGCGGUUUUGCCUACAUGGAAAUGAGUUCGCUCAUCCCGUCGUCCGGAUCCACGUACGCGUACUCGUACCAUGCUUUAGGCGAACUCCCGGCCUUCAUCGCCGCGUGGCUGUUAACGUUGGAGUACGGCAUGUCCGGCGCGGGUGUCGCUCGGUCGUGGGCCACCAAGGUCCAAGAAUGGGCGGAAGAAGGCGGCGGCGACUAUGCGUUCCUGAACCUGCAGAACACGAACGUGUUGGCACUUGCCAUCAUGCUGUUGUCGGUGAUUAUCCUCUUGGCUGGCAUCCGAUUCGGUAAGUUGUUCAUCAACAUCGUGACCACGACCAAGGUCGGCGUCGUCAUCUUCAUCAUCGUGGCUGGGCUCGCCGCAACCAAAUCGGACAACCUGUCGCCCUUUAUCCCCCCACGCAACGAAGAAACAGGCUUGUUUGGGUUCCAAGGCGUCAUGCUUGGUGCGUCGCAAGCAUUCUUUGGCUUUGUCGGGUUUGACGAAGUGUGUUGUCUCGCUGCCGAGGCCAAGAAUCCCCGCAAGAUCAUGCCCCGCGCGGUCAUCGGUGUCAUUCUCGGAACGAUGUUUUUGUCGUGCUUUGCGUCGCUCGCCCUCUCCGGCAUGGUGCCUGCCGAUGUGUACUCCAACCUGCCGUACAACAUGGGCAACGACUCGGGUGGGAACCCCCGCGGGAACCUCACGUACUUUUCAUUCCCUGGCGCGUUCGGCUACGUCGGCUAUUCUGCAGCUCAAGUCAUUGUACACAUCGGAGAAGUCGGGACGAUGCCGGUUGUCGUGUUGAUCUCGUUCUUGGCCCAGCCUCGCCUCAUGUACGCCAUGUCUGUGGACGGGCUGUUGCCCGAGAUUUUUGGCCGCGUCGACGGCAAGGGCAACUUGUUUUGGUGCACUGUGAUCUCUGGCGCGUUCUUUACUGUUGUGGCGUUCGUCAUCCCGUUCGGGGACAUUUGGAACAUGGUGUCAAUUGGGAUCUUGAUCUCGUUCAUCAUGACCAACGCGUCGUUGAUUAUCGUGCGCACGCGUGACGCGGCGCCUGGAACAUCCCAAAAGCUCACGGGUGCCGCAGUCCUUGUCGCACUGGCCGCCAUGUUCACCUUCCAAAAGGGCUACGUAGACGGCAGCAGUACUGCCGCCCUAGUGAUCUCGAUCGUUCUGUUUGUAUUGACGUUUGCCAUUGGAGGUGUCAUCUUUGCCAAGUGCCCCCAAAACGUGAGCGACGGGGACCUCUUCCGCGCUCCCUUGGUGCCGUUCGUCCCGCUCUUCUCUAUCUUGGUCAACUGGCUCUUGGUCGCGCAGAUGGCGGAGAAGGACAUUCUCCGCGCCUUCAUCUGGAUCGGUGCCGCCAUCAUCACGUAUUUUCUCUACGGAUUCCGACACAGCGAAGGCCGCAAGGGCUGGAGCACGGUGCUCCACCACGGUGUGCUUGGUUUGAACGAAGUGCGUCCGUCCAUGAGUUCCAUGAUGUCUGGCGAUGUCAAGAAGUCCUUGCUGAGCCCGGAACCUACUGCCAAGGCGUAGGUUGCCAGCAGUAACUUGUACGUAAUGACUGUUUGGGUGUACAUGCGCACGAGUGCCGACUCCUUUCGGCGCCGCCCCCUGAAAUGCCCGCUAUUGGGCUGACAGGCUGCAAUUGCCGUCGGGCUUGAUGUUAUGUGUCUCCAUGUGCUGCGUGUUGUCCUUUCAUGGCACUUGAAACGUCAAGUCUUUGGGUCGGGGAUGUCCCCUCCCGCCAAGCUAGCCUUCCAGGAGUGCCUUCGAACCCUUCGGCUCGUACAGGAUUGGAACCACCUCUCACGUUGUUGUAAUAUUACACGUCUUUCUGUCGCCGCCCCUUCGGAGAGACCGCUCUGUUGUCACAAAUGCUACAUCGAUGUGUCAUUUGAGAGUCGCGCACACAAGCAAGACGUUCCCUUG